GAUAGUUGUUAGCUCACACGCUUUACCUUAAAGCUUCGCCAAUUUCUCGACUCGAUUUUCUCGGAAUUCGCAAAACAGAAAAAUAAAAAAAGAAAUCAGAAAUCUGGGUCUACGAAAAUUAGGCCGAAAGAAACAAUCUUUGAGUUUGAUUUCUUCUUCCUCUUCCCUCUCUCUCUAAUGGAUUCAAGAGACAUCCCACAACCGCCGCAUCAACAGCUUCAACCACCACCGGGAAUGUUAAUACCUCAUUACCGUAACCCUAACGCCGCCGCACUAAUGGGUCCCACCUCAACAUCUCAAUCGAUCCAUCACCGUCUACCUUUCGGCUCUCUCGCACCGCAACAACACCAAACGCUUCAGCAACAACAACAGCAAAUGGAUCAGAAAACGCUCGAGUCGCUUGGAUUCGGCGACGGAUCGCCUUCUUCUCAGCCGAUGCGGUUUGGGAUCGAUCAGAAUCAGAAUCAGCAACUUCAACAGCAGCAAGUGAAGAAGAAGCGAGGAAGGCCAAGGAAAUAUGCUCCUGAUGGUAGCAUUGGGUUAGGUUUAGCUCCGACGUCUCCACUUCUCGCCGCCGCUUCUAAUUCCUACGGUGGUGGCGGUGACGGCGUCGGAGAUAGCGGCGGCGGUGGAGGAAAUGCGAGUUCUGCUGAUCCACCUGCUAAACGUAACAGAGGAAGACCUCCUGGCUCAAGCAAGAAACAGCUUGAUGCUUUAGGAACAGCAGGAGUAGGUUUUACACCUCAUGUGAUUGAAGUGAAGACAGGAGAGGACAUAGCGUCGAAGGUGAUGGCUUUUUCGGAUCAAGGGCCACGAACAAUCUGUAUUCUCUCUGCAAGUGGCGCAGUUUCUACUAUGACGCUUCGCCAAGCUUCUAAUCCUGGUGCAAGUGAUACUUACGAGGGACGGUUCGAAAUCAUUACACUCUCAGGCUCCUUCUUAAAUUAUGAAGUAAAUGGUUCCGUUAACAGAAGUGGUAGCUUGAGUGUGGCUGUGGCUGGACCCGAGGGCCGGAUUUUAGGUGGCCGUGUAGUUGGUCCGCUAGUAGCUGCAACACAAGUGCAGGUCAUAGUGGGAAGCUUUGUUGCAGAAGCAAAGAAACCGAAACAGAGUAGCGGGAACAAUGCUCGGGGACAGAAUCCUGAACCUGCUUCAGCACCGGCUAAUAUGUUGAACUUUGGAUCAAACUCUCAAGGACCAUCAAGCGAGUCAUCAGAUGAGAAUGAAAGCGGUUCUCCUUCGAUGCACCGUGACAAUAACAAUGGGAUUUAUGGAAACUCUGUGGCUCAACAGCAACAACAGCAACUGCGUCAGAUGCAAAUGUACCAUAAUCUUUGGCCGAGUAAUGGUCAAUAAUCAGAAGUUGCUGCAGAGAAUCUGCUUCGGUUUUGGUUGGUUUAGGCUGGAUUUGAUCUUUUGUUUCUUUUGUGAAGGUUAUGCCAAACUAAAGAAGAUUUCAAGCUUGAGGCUUCUACUAGCUUCUUUUUUUGUUUUUGUUUUUAGAUAAAUAAUUACAUAUAGAGAGAUCUUAAAAUUAGGGGGUUUUAGUUUUUUUUUGUGGGGAUGGUCUUUAGUCUUUACAUUGCUUUUUAGUGAUUACUUUAGUU